CAGCCCCGCCCCCGGCCGCCAGGGCCCUCAGUUGAGCAGCCGAAGCGCCGGGUUUGAGUGGCGCCGGCCGGGCUCGGGGAAGGUCCCGGCGUUGCAGACUCGGGUGGCUACUCGCCGGGCGGGUGGCGGCCGCGGCGGCCUCGGCUCCGCAACAUGUCCAGCUCCGGAGAGGAGAUGCCGAAUGAAGAUGAACCAAACACCAUUGACCUAAUGAAUAGCAUAAACCUAAUGGAGUUUUCUGAUGAGAUCCUUUUACACAUCCUGAGUUAUAUCCCCAGCACAGACUUGAUUUUAAAUGUUAGGAGAACCUGCAGGAAGUUGGCCACUCUUUGUCUUGACAAAAGUCUCACUCAUACAGUGCUGCUUCAUAGGGAUUAUCAGGCCAGUGAAGAUAAAGUAAAACAACUGGUGAGGGAGAUUGGGAAAGAGAUUCACCAGCUGAACAUGGCAGGCUGCUAUUGGCUGUCUGGUACCACAAUUGAGCAUGUGACGCGCUGCAGGAACCUAGUGAAAGUGAACUUGUCCGGCUGCCAUCUUACUUCUAUCCGACUCUCUAAGAUGCUGUCAGCCCUCCAGCAUUUGCGCUCUUUGGCCAUCGAUGUCAACCCGGGGUUUGAUGCCAGUCAGUUGAGCAGUGAAUGUAAAGCCACUCUCAGCCGGGUGCUAGAGCUGAAACAGACCCUCUAUACGCCAUCAUAUGGGGUGGUACCUUGCUGUACUAGUCUUGAAAAACUGCUGCUUUAUUUUGAAAUCCUAGACCGCACCCGGGAAGGAGCUAUUCUUUCAGGUCAGCUAAUGGUAGGCCAAAGUAACGUCCCUCACUACCAGAAUCUUCGUGUAUUUUAUGCCAGAUUGGCCCCUGGCUACAUCAAUCAAGAAGUAGUAAGGCUUUAUUUGGCCGUGCUCAGUGAUCGAACACCUGAAAACCUUCAUGCCUUUCUUAUUUCAGUUCCAGGCAGCUUUGCAGAGAGUGGAGCCACUAAAAACCUCCUAGACUCCAUGGCUCGCAAUGUCUCCUUGGAUGCAUUGCAGCUUCCCAAAUCCUGGCUUAAUGGCUCUUCACUCCUUCAAAAUAUGAAGUUCAACAACCCGUUUUACUUCAGUUUCAGCCGCUGUACUUUGUCUGGAGGACACCUUAUUCAGAGAGUAAUUAAUGGGGGGAAAGACCUCAAAAGCUUAGCCAGCUUGAAUCUCAGUGGUUGUAUUCAUUGUCUGUCUCCAGACUCAUUGUUUCGCAAAGCAGAGGAUGAUAUUGAUAGCAGCAUCCUGGAAACAUUGGUUAUGUCAUGCUGCAAUCUGAAACACUUAAAUCUAUCUGCUGCACACCAUCACAGCUCUGAAGAUUUGGGGAAGCAUUUAUGUCAGCUCUUAGCUCAGCUUCAACACCUACGUUCUUUAUCCCUUCCUGUUUGCUCCAUUGCGGACUCUGCACCAAAGGCAGAUAAAGCACCCACACAGAUAGUGACUAAUGCAGUGCCCCGAGGAUUUGGAAAGAAAGUCCGAAUUGGAGUGCAGACAUAUCCCAGGACCAUGUCUUCUGAGUCAGUAACUCAGAAGCCAUCUUCUGUUUUCUGGACUCUUCUGGAGAAUGUGCCAUUUUUGGAAACCCUGGAGUUAAUUGGGUCCAAUUUUUCUUCUGCCAUGCCUCGGAAUGAGCCUGCCAUUCGAAACUCACUACCCCCCUGCAGCCGUGCACAGAACGUUGGGGAUGCUGAGGUGGCUGCCAUUGGCCAGCUGGCAUUUUUAAGAAAUUUGACACUGGCCCAGCUGCCCAGCAUUCUUACAGGCUCUGGGCUCAUUAGCAUUGGGUUGCAGUGCCAGCAACUGCAAACACUAUCAUUGGCCAAUCUGGGCAUGAUGGGGAAAGUGGUCUACAUGUCUGCCCUCUCUGAUAUGCUAAAGCACUGCAAACAGCUAAAAGAUCUCAGACUAGAGCAGCCCUACUUCAGUGCGAAUGCUCAGUUCUUCCAGGCUCUGAGUCAUUGCUCUUCCCUUCAGCGUCUCUGUAUCAUCUCCCGAAGCGGUACUUUGCAGUCAGAUGCUGUGAUGUCAUUCAUGAGCAGCUGUCUUGGGCUCAUCAUGUGCCACAUGUUUACAGGAGAGUCCCUCACUGCCUGCAAGAAUCUUCAGCAGUCCAUUGUUCGAAGUUUCCAGGCAGAGCGUCCAGCACUAAAUGUCGUUAUUUUCCCCUUGCUCCACGAGGGCUUGACUGAUGUCAUCAGAGAUGUCCCCAUGAUGCAUCUGGAUGAAAUUACCUUGUUCAAAAGCAGAGUAGCUGAAGAACCCCCAAACUUGUGGUGGUGAUGGCUCCAUCAGGAAAUGGAAUGGUCUGCAUCAACAGGUGAAAUCAUUUUCCUUUAGCCUGAACUUGAUUCUUUUCAUCCCUCACCAACUCCUUCAGCUUACAGCUGCCUUAUCGGAUGUUUUAGAAUCACUACAGUCCAAUUCCACUGCAGAGUCAGAUGAGACUGGACAUUUCCAGGGGCAUGUGAAUGUUGUCAUUGGGUUAUUCUGCUGCUGCUGCUUGUGCUCCAGUACUCUGCUGGAAAGCCCCAUCGGAGUGGUUUGGCUGUUUCUUUAUGGUGGAUAUCAAUUCUUUGGUUUGUAAUGUAAAAGGAGAGAAAAUAUUCCCUCUUCAUCACACUACAUUCCACUCAAUAUGUUUCACUAGGGCUUUUGUGUGUGCUUAGCGCAGUACCUUUUGUAACCUUUCCUCUUUUAGACACUUUCUUUGUGACUACUUGUUGCUUUGGUGAGAUUUAUAUUGAGAGUUAAAUGUUAACAGGAUUACUCGAGGAGAGUGAAGUGGGCAGCCUUAAAAGGGGAGGACUCAUUCAGUUAAAAUAGAUGUGGUGCUUUGUACCCAGGCAUGAGGUACCAUGUGUGUACUUGCACAUGAAAAAAUAUAUCAGGAUAACAUCUCUAUGAGUGAUGUAAUCUAUUGACUCGUUUCAAAGACCAGUGUACUGUAAUCUUUCUUUCAGCAAACUUUUAUAUGAACACUGCCGUGGUCUCCACAUUCAGCCAUUUGCACUGUUAGCCCUUGCCCCUCCCUACUUUUGACCCUCGGAACACUUGAGCCUUCUGAAGAGUUUGUGUAUUGAGUAACUUUAUUCCUUCACUUCGUGUCACAGGCACAAGACUGCAUCAGAGAGUCCAAGAGCAAAUUCUGCCUCCUCAUAGCAUGUGCACCUUGUAUUUCACUCAUCUUCACCUCUGACUCCAUUUAAAUCUCAAAGGAAGCUCAAGACCAGUUUUUGCCAGGGGUACUUGAUCUUGAGACCUGUCUGAGACAGUGAUGGGAGGAGUUCUCUCUCCUUGCAGCAGCUUGGGGACAGUGUACUAUCCUGGGAGAGGGAGUUUUACGUCUUUAGGCUGCCCUGAGACAAAGUAAAAAGGGGCUGGACACACUCUAUUCUCAUGGCAGCAUGGUGGAAAAAGUAACAGUGGAAUCCUUGGAAUAGUCUGGGGAGAAUCCCUGAAAAAAGACAUUUAGCAGCUGAAGGAAAGCAGCCUGGAGGAAAAAUGAGGACUUAGUCCAAAAACAUAGAAGUUGCUACUUUAUCUCUGGCAAGGUGCCAUCAAAUUACAGGGGCCCUAGCUGUCUUGGGGUAGCUCUUUUUUUGUUGCUGCUUCCACUGGAGGGCACUCGAUACUAGACGUCUCAACAUAUAUGCACAGAGGGCCUGAAGACGGACUGGAAUGCCAGGAAACCAACAUUGAUUUCCAUUUGGUCUCAGGCAAGGAGCAUGAUAGUUCUUCAGUCAAGAUUUGGUUGCUGUAUUCCUCUGAGACUGAGAAGAAGCAUCUCCUCUGCCAUUAGAUGUGUAGAGUUGCUACAUUUCCUGUGUGGGGUCCAAUACUUUACAGCAAUGCAGGGAAAACAAUGGCAAAAUACCUGGAGCUACUACCUGGAUAGCAGAUUUCAAGCCCAAGAAAACACUGAAAGAGUUAGUUCUGGCCCAGUGGACCUGAAUCGUGAGGAAAAUUGCUGCUCCUGUUUUCUCCCUCCUGGAAGAUCCAGCUGCCAAAGAAAAUAGGCAGGUGCAACCUGUUAAACAUGCAAGCUUGUCGCCCCAAAGAAUUGGUUCUUUCACAGGUUAGUCCCACUCACACAUAGUCCUUUGAGUGUUGCAGGCUCUUAAGGUGAUGAUUUUUUUCUUUAGUUUUCUUUUAAUCAGAAGGUUGCUGCUUAUAGUAAAACCAAGGGGUUAUGCCUACCCUAGGAAUUUAUUAGAAGAAUAUGAUUGUAUCUUUAUGACUGGGGCCUAGCUAUUCUAUUCUCAUGAGCAAGCAAUUUUAAACAGUAACAUAAUUUAUACUAAUAAACAGGACUGGGAAAAGGGCAGCCCCUCGGCAGAGAGAGGGUAUCAGUAGUGGAUGGAAAUGAAAAUUGCUGUGAAAAGACACACCAAAACUGUAGACCUGAUAUUUUUAGUGUCCCUGCAACAAUCCUUUUACUUAGAGUGAGAAUUUCCGCUGCUUCUGCACUCGAGACAGGAUUCACCAGAUGUUAAUAAUGUGCUUAUUUUCUCUAAGUGCUAUUUUGGCACCGGUGUUAAUUACAAUUUAUAUUCUGCAGCAUUUACACUGGGAAAAGAACCCACCCUAAUAGUCCCCAAUUGGCAGAGCUGGGCUAUUAAGCAUAGUACCAUAUGUUCUGAGCUGAGAAAAGCAUGGGACUUAGAGCCUGGUCAGCAUUAAAGCUCCAAAAUGAGUUUUA